AUGGAUCCUUACAACACCAAAGAGGCUAUCCUCCAGCUUGGUAUCAUUGAUCCAGUGAUGAAAGAAAUAUUCAAGAAGAACCCGCCUCUCGACCUAUCUGUACUGCCAUAUGAAGUUGUACGCGCAGACUCACUCAUGGGUGAAAAAGCCACCUGCGAGAGGUUAUCGAAACAUGGUACUCAAGAGACGCUGAAGACCAUUCCCAUGCGAGAUGGCUAUGAAAGCGAGAUUCGCGUGAUCAAGCCGCCCGAUGUACAGCCCAGCACCCCGCUUGUGAUAUUGAUCUACGGUGGUGGAUUUAUCAUGGGCACGAACCUGCAACUAGUCCCCUGGGCGACAGCAACUGCGGCACUCUACGGAGCAACAGUGGUUCUACCUUCCUACCGAUUGGCACCAGAGCACAAAUUUCCGAUCUCCCACAACGACAUCUGGGAUACGGUGAAAUGGCUCUCUACAAAUGCCUCUUCACUGGGUGCCGACCUCUCCAGAGGCUUCAUCAUUGGCGGCAGCUCAGCCGGUGCCAACCUAUCGAUAUCUACAGCUCACCGCGCCAAGAGAGAGAAUCUCUCCCCUCCAAUAACAGGCGUGUUGGCCUCCGUUCCACCCUGCAUGACCGAGGAGACUGUUCCAUCGAAAUACAAAGACCUAUGGUUGUCACAUGAGCAGAAUGCGCUUUCGCCCGUGUGCAGCGCAAAGGACAUUGAAGCCUGGAUGAAGUUGUUUAAGCCAGAUUAUCUAUCUGUUGAUUUCUCGCCGUUGAAUUCAGACGUCCCGCUUACUGGCAUGCCACCCACUUACGUGCAGGUGGAUGGGAUGGAUGUUCUGCGCGAUGAUGGCUUGAUCUAUGAGAGACUGCUUCGUGACGAAGGCGUCCCGACUCGUCUGGAUGUUUACCCCGGCAUGCCGCAUGGCCAUUGGCUGUGGCCUGAACAUCCGUUAUCGACCACGUCGCAGAUUGAUGUACUCUGUGCUAUUGGAUGGCUGCUUGGCCAAGAGCCUGCGAGGGAGGAAGUUGAGCGUCUGUGGAGCACGGCGCCUUAG